CAGCUCCUAGAGGAGAGCACGAACCCUGGGGAAAGUGGGCUAAGUGGGAGUGAAAGCGCUGCGAAAGUGCUGGAGAAAGCUGAGGAGAGGAGUGUCUGGGCUGGAGAGAACAAGGAGAGCUGUGGCCCUCAGCCUGGUGACGCUGGAGAGCCCGGUGGGGUUGCGGCGCUGAAGCAGCGUAUUGCUGAUCUGGAGGAGCAGCUGGGCAAGAAGAAGGAAGAGCUCGAGCAGAUCAGAGCAGUGCUGGAGCAGCAGGAUCAUGAGAUUAAGGAGAAGGACAAAAGCAUUAAGUUCCUGGCCAGCUCCAAGGCUCAGUUAGAAGAGAAGCUGUGCUGGGAAAACAGCAAAGCAGCCAAGCUGCCCUCGGGGUGGAGCGGAGGGGCUCGGCAGCGCUGCGAUGCCGCGGUGAACACCGUCAUCUCGCAGGGAGCUGGGGCCAAGCAAGCCCACGACAAAGGCAUCAACGUGAACCUCCCAGUCCCCACCAAAUCCCCAGGCUGCGGGGUCUGGAGGGCGGACGACGCACAGGCGAUGGAGCCGGGUGCUUGGAGAGAUCAGGGACUGGCAGCUUGCAGCAGACCCGGACGUUUUGGUGAAGCUGACCCUGAGGCUGGACUUCACGUGCCGUGCUUCACCCCACUGAAGAUUGACGAGCACCUCAGUGACGACAACCAAAAUCACAGGAAUAACUACGACAGCCAGAGUCUCGCUGCUCACGCAGGGACUGCAGAAAGCCAUCGAGGAGCAAGGAACGGCUCAAACAUGGGCGAAAUCAAGGCAGACUCUGGAGAAGAUAAACCUCGAGAUGGGCUGGAAGAGGAAGGGCCCCGUGACCAUGAAGAUCUCCCUGCUGUUGACCCUAUCGGCCAAUACGUAAAAAAAAUCCAGGAGCUUUUGCAGGAGCAGUGGCUGUGUUUGGAGCAUGGCUACCCCGAGCUGGCGAGCGCUAUUAAGCAGCCGGCCUCCAAGCUCAGCUCCAUUCAGAACCAAUUAGUUAAUUCCUUAAACUCUUUGCUGUCCGCCUACUCCACACAGGGGCCCACAGAUAAGGAGAAUUCAAACACACACUAUCAACAGUUGGAAAUCUCUCCAACCACAAGUCUUAAAUCUAUCAUGAAAAAGAAAGGUUAUGGUUUCCAUGCAGGAGGCAAUGGGACCAAAAAGAAUCUUCAGUUUGUUGGGGUAAAUGGUGGCUACGAAACUACUUCCAGUGAAGACACAAGUUGUGAGGAGAGCCCGUCCGAUGGUGACGUGGAGAGCGAGACGGAGAGAAGAGCUGAUGGUUUGGAGCCCAUGCAGGCAGAGGCUGGAGCUGAAGGCGAGGAGGCUUCAUCAGGGACCUCCUCACAGGAGAGACGUGAGGACGAUGACCAGCAGGAGCCAUCAGAAGCAGCACCUUGCACUCAGCACAAGGCUGACAGAUGCAAACCCUCUGAAGAUUUCCUCGCCAGCUGCCAGCUCCUCAGCAAGCACCUCUCAGAGAUCAGGACCACAAGCGACAAACAUCUGCGGCACGUCCUGAGCAGCGUCUGCCAGGAGUGGUUCCGGGUGUCCAGCUGCAAGUCUUCCAGCCCAGAGGUGGUUGCGGCGUAUCUGGAGAUGCUGGGGGCCACCCAGCCCCAGCUCCUGCAGGUGGUGGUGAACCUGGCUGACAGGAAUGGCAACACGGCUCUCCAUUACAGUGUCUCCCACUCCAACUUCCCCAUUGCAAAGCUCCUGCUAGACACAG